CUAUAUAUAGGUUAGCAGCAGUCAAGAACAAAAAACAGAUUUUCAUGUUGACUGAUGUGAGUACACCAGCCACAAUGAGGAGCUCCUGCACAUUUCUGGCAUCCGUUCUUUCGAUUGUCAUUUUUCUCCUGCUAAUUCCUGAAGAUUUCUGUGCUAAAAUCAUUGGAGGAAAUGAAGUGCAUCCUCAUUCAAGACCCUACAUGGUCUUCCUUAAUGGAACAAAAAUCUGUGGUGGGGCUUUGAUUGCAAAAGACUGGGUGUUGACUGCAGCUCACUGUCCCUGUCCUUCUCAAGUCAUUCUUGGAGCUCACACAAUAAGAAAGAAUGAGCCAGAAAAACAAAUAAUGUCCUGUAAGAAAGAGAUUCCGUAUCCCUGCUAUGACCGGAAAACAUAUAAGGAUGAUCUUAAACUUCUACAGCUGAACAAAAAUGCAACACUUAAUAAAAACGUGGCAAUCCUUCCCCUACCUAAAAAUGGGGAGGAUGUGGAGGCAGGAACAGUGUGUCGAGUUGCAGGGUGGGGGAAGACUGAGAAUAAUUCUCCUCAGCCUUCAGAUACCCUAAGAGAAGUCAAUAUCACUGUCAUAAGCAGAAAAAUCUGCAAUGAUGAAAAGCCCUAUGAAUAUAAGGCUGUGAUUGGACUGAAUAUGAUUUGUGCCGGAGACCCCCGAGGUAGAAAAGACACAUGUAAUGGAGAUUCUGGAAGCCCUUUGAUAUGUGAAGGUAUUUUCAGAGGCAUCACUUCCUUUGGCCUUUCAAAGAAAUGCGGAGACCCUCGAGGACCUGGCGUCUAUACACUUCUCUCAGAGAAAUACCUCACAUGGAUAACUGAGACAAUCAAGGGGACAGCUUAGAUAACUGUAUCUCAUUUGCUGUCAUUUCUUUACUUUACUAUAAAUAAAUAAAAUCAAUUCGUUUGGCUAUAUCCACUUCUCUCCUGUAACUUUAGUAAGCAAAUCUCCACUUGCAAAGUGAAGCAGAAUAAUACAGCAAGCUCAUGAAUAAUGCAAAGAAGAGAUUAGGGGACCAAUGUCACCAGUGUCAUCCAUGUGUCAACUAACAUGGGAAUUUUGCCCAAAUUAUUCAUUUCACUUUCUCAGUGGGAGUCAGCAGAUGUGACAUUAAAAUCAGGCCUGUCCAGCAACAUGUACAGUGAAGGGCUCUGCAAUUCUACAGGAAACAGAAACAACCCAUCUGGAGCAUUUGGGUUGAAAGAAAAUAAGUCUGCCCUUCAAAGCCCAUUGUUCUGUGUCAACCCCUGCUGCUCAUAUUUAU